AAAACACAUAAUCAAUCACUAUAUAGCAACAGGUUGCCAGUACACAAAAUCUAAACACAUCAUCAAAAGAAAAGAAAAGAAAAGCCAAACAAAAUGGCCUCAUCAUCUUCUCUCCUUCUGCUACUGCUCACAACAUUAUCAAUAUCUUCGAUUUUCUCUCUUAAGAUAACAAAUGACAUACUCCAUCCGCAACAAGUCGAUCCUAGAGCAACUGUGUAUCAACUUAUCGCAGCACACAAUAUAGCUCGAAAAGCUGUAGGAGUUCCACCUCUCGUUUGGGAUACAAAACUCGCAUACUAUGCAAAACUCUAUGCAAAUCAAAGAAGACAUGAUUGUCAACUAAUCCAUUCUCCUGGCUAUAUUUAUGGAGAGAAUAUUUUCUGGGGCAAAGGAAGGAAGUGGUCUGCAACUGAUGUAGUGGCUUCUUGGGUUGGAGAGAAGAAAUGGUACCAUUACGAUACAAACACGUGCUCUGGGCAAGACUGCAGUCAUUAUACGCAGAUUGUAUGGAGAACCACUGAGAAGCUUGGAUGUGCAAAGAUCAAGUGUGAUAGCGGGGAUAUAUUUGUGGUGUGUGAGUAUUAUCCACCAGGGAAUUAUGUGGGAGCUCGGCCAUAUUGAAUGAUUUAGACAAUGUAGUUCUGUUAUUUGUUCUUGUGGUGUGAAUACUGAUUACAGAAAGGAUAAAUGGUUGUAACUAUAGUUAUAAGAAAGUUUGUGUAAUGUUUUAUUAUUUGAUUAAAUAUUUAUUGACUAAAUUUGAUAUGUCCACAAUGUCAUGACUAUGAUUUUGUGAAGAAUGUUAUUUAUCAGGACAGAGAAUAAAUACACUAGAAAAAUAAGAAGGGACGUAUUGGAUGAAGUUUUUCUUUUCCCAAUGUGCAUUUGAGCACAAUGGAGUACCUAGAAUCUAAAUUUAUGUAAGGUAAGAGCCAAAGUGUAUGUACCCUGAUCAGCCCAGACAUAUUAAAUUUGCAGAAUAAUUUUAUCUCAUCAUUAACCUUAAUGCACUUGAUUAAUCAGGAGAUAAACUAUACUUAAAAGAGUAACAGAAAUUGGUCUUCCUUCAAAGUGCAAUAACCUAGUCUUCAAGACUGAGCAACCCCCUUUCUAGUGCAUACAUUAGUUAGGAUUUUGGCAUCAGUCAAAAGAGGAGCAACGUCAACUAGAUAUCCAUAGCGGUCUACCUAUAAGAACAUGAUUA